AUGAUGACCGAGGCCGAUAGAGACGACUAUUUGGCCAGUAGGAUGGAGCAUCCUUCCACCCAUACGGCCGCCUUCAUAGAAAACCAAGUUCGAGUAGCGGGCGAACCGGCGCCUGUUUUUAUUAGUAGAUUGAACCGCGUCGACUCGCUCGAAGUAGCGAAAACACAGCAAAAAAUAAGUGACGAACUGUGGAAGGAGGCGAAUGCGGAAAAGACAGCCUUGUUAGCUCUCAUGGAUCAAGUUCGUGCCAAGCUGGAUAAGAGCAAUCCCGUUACGUCACAUAUAUCCAGGCUAGACGCGGGAACGUGCUCCUGGGAUCAAGUCCUGCAAGAAGUAGAGAUCCUGGCCUCUCGGUGGUCAUCGUCGCCGAAAAGAGCCUCGAAGAUGCUCCAUUUAGAUCGCUUGGGGAGGAAUUCCGAGGCCUUCCAAGCAUGGAUCGGGUUGCUACCCGUGGGGGAUUUCGGAUCCAGCAUAUGCGGCGUUUUCACGAUAGCUCUCAAUGCUGCUGGUCAAUACGUGAAGGUAGAAGACGCGAUCAUCGACGCACUUGCCCAGAUACCAGAGGCGGUCAGCGACACUAGGCGAUACAUCAAGCUCUAUGCGGAAACGAAAGACCACCGACUUGAAGAAAGGACGUUUGAUCUUUACCUGUCGAUUCUGAAGGCACUGAAUCACAUUAUGAGAUUCUUUGCUGAGCGAUCUGUCAAUAAAUUUGCUGGAUCUCUAUUUAAGCAACAUUCAUACCAGAAGGAACUCUUUUCGAGCAUAGACAACAUCAGGGUCCAGGUCUCGCGGGUCAAGGAAGAGUCUGAGCACUGCAUGCAGAGACGUGUAGCGGACAUGCAAAAGUCCAUCGUCAACACGGACCAGAAUGCCACCAAGUCGUUGCAACUUCUUCAGGCAUUAUACAACCAGCUUAUCCUGCAAGAGCCACGCUCUUCAUUUGAUCAAGGUGACAACAUGAUAUCGCCAGGAAGAAAUCUCUCAGAAGCCCCUGCCUCGAAUAACAAAAAGCAGUUAGACAGCGUUUUAACAGCACUUCAAUUUGAUGAUGAUGCUGUAUCCAGGGACAUUCAGACAUGCCUACGCAAUGGUUAUGCCUCGGACGAAGCCUUCCAAGCCAAGGCAGCGAAGCUUAUUGAAAGCGCGGCGCUCAAGGAUUUCAUCAUCAGCAAUUCCAACCAGGGAGCGUUACUCAUCAACGGAAAUGAAGACAUGUCUACCACUGAGGGAGCAUCUCCUGUCAGCCUGGUGUCUGCAAGAAUAGUGGUUGCUUCCGAGAGCACGCCUCAAGCCCUAUGUCUCUCCUUUUUCUGCAUGGAGCAUCGUCCAUACGGCGGCCCUCCUGGCCCACCUGCGCCCGCGGCAAUGAUGGCCAGCCUGACUGCCCAACUUCUCACCAAAAUGGAAGCAAAAUCUUUCAACAUCGACCUGUCCUUUUCUGACGACCUCGAGGCGGAGGAUAUUUAUGGGCUGAAUCUGAAAACCCUAUGUCUCAUAUUCUCGGAACUCGCGAAACAGAUACCCGAGGGUACGAUUUUGAUCUGUCUUAUUGAUGGGAUCGACAUGUACGAGAAGGUCGAUUUUCGGGAAGAUGUCGAUACGAUUAUGAGAAGAAUGGCGAGGCAGGUUUCAAAGCGAACCAACGUGAUAUUCAAGUUGAUUGUAACUUGCACCGGUCGAGCCAGAGCGAUUCAGACUCAUUUUGCGUCUGUCAUCAACAUGGAGGAGUCAGUCGAGCCGGAUGACUCAUCUCGAUGGAGAGUUCACAAUUCUGAUAUUUUGGGAGACUUACAAGACGCGGAAUCUUGA